AUGGACAAAGUCAAAGCCAAGGUUGAACAAGUCCUCCACAAGGACAAAACUCCUCAGACCUCACACACCGGCACCACAGGCACCCAUACCGGUCACACUGCUACUGGAGCACCUCACACCUCCCACGCUGUCUCAUCAGGAACCCAUACCGGAACCCACACUGGAGCCCAUACUGGUACUCACACUAGUGGUGGGCUCACAGGUCACCGAACUGAUCCAACUGGUCCUCAUGACUCCCAUCUCGCUAACAAGGCCGACCCUCGUGUUGAUUCUGACCAAAUAGGCGGGUACGGCAACACUGCUGGAGCCGGAGGCUAUGGCAAUACUACCGGGACCACUGGUCACGGCCUUACUGGCCAAGGUCUCACUGGGGGCACCGGCCACACUGGUACCCAUGGUCAGGAUCCGACUUCAGGUAUUGGCCAUACUGGUACCCAUGGUCAUAGCACGGUGACUGGUGGUCCACAUUCUUCUCACACUGCCAAUACGAUGGACCCAACCGUCAGUUCGGGCACAGGAGGCUACGGUUCGACAACUGGUCACACCGGCACGCACCACCAGGGUGGAGGUCUGACUGGCAACACGACAGGCACGCAACACCAAGGUGGAUUGAUGGGCAAUCCGACUCACCAAAAAGGCCUGGUGGGCGGCACUACCCAUGGUCUCCCUGGCCCAGCAGCCAAUACCGCUGGCCCACACAAAUCCGACAUGCUGAAUAAGGUUGAUCCGCGUGUUGACUCGGAUCUCGAUCAUAGCACGACUAUGGGUGGAGACCGAACUCUUGGUUAG